GGACAACUCUGCAAACGCCGUACCCUUUUACUUUUGCAGCUUCUGUUCAUUACACAGAGAGAGAAAAAAAAAAUUGUAGAGAGUGAGUGAGGACUUCUUUUGCAGCUUCAUCAUCAUCAGGGAAAGAAGAGUACGUUGUGAGUAAACCUGCAUUUUGCUUUAUCUUCUUUUUACUUUUUCUCCACCACCACCAUCACCAUUUCUCUGCAAUUCACAGACCACGCGAGACAUUCAUUGACGACGAGAUGUGCAUCUAAGCUUUCACAGAACAAGUCAGAGUCUUUUGAUCGAUUGUCUAUGGGGAGUGUUUCGUCUGAAGAUGGCUCGGAUCGGCAGAGUGAGCUCUGUGGAAGUUACAGCUUGAGUGCCGAUGUGAGUGAGUCCGAGAGUUCGAGUAGUUUCUGGUACCGCCUCUACGAUGCCGAUGGAGCUUCGAGUUCGAUGUCAUCGUCUCCGUUCAAUUUCCGUCCGGUGACGGGAAAUUCCUGUUUUCCGCCGGCGGCACCGCCGUUUAUGUUUCCGGUGAUCGGCGGCAAAGAUGUGGUUUGGGGCGAUAAGCCGGAGAAACGUGAUACUGAUUUGUCUGAAGUUGACAUGAUGAAGGAAAGAUUUUCUAAGCUUCUACUUGGGGAAGACAUGUCCGGAGGGGGUAAAGGAGUCUGUACUGCCCUUGCAAUCUCAAAUGCGAUCACAAACCUCUCUGCCACUGUGUUUGGGGAGAUCUGGAGGUUGGAGCCAUUGGCAUCACAAAAGAAGGUAAUGUGGUGCAGAGAGAUGGAAUGGCUGUUAUGUGUGAGCGAUUCAAUUGUGGAGCUUGUACCUUCUAUACAGCAAUUUCCUGGUGGAGGAACAUACGAAGUCAUGGCCACGCGACCAAGGUCUGAUUUGUACAUGAAUCUGCCCGCUCUAAAGAAACUCGAUGGCAUGUUAAUUGGCAUCCUUGAUGGGUUUCAAGAGACAGAGUUUUGGUACGUUGACCGGGGCAUAAUUGUGCCUGGUGUAGAUGAUUGUGAUGUGUAUGUAUCGGGCACAUCUGGUGGGAGGCCUUCAAUUAGGCAGGAAGAGAAGUGGUGGCUCCCAUGCCCGAAAGUUCCUCCAAAGGGUUUAUCAGAGGAUGCAAGGAAGAGGUUGCAGCAAUGCAGGGAUUGCACAAACCAGAUACUCAAGGCAGCAAUGGCGAUCAAUAGCAGCGUUCUUGCUGAAAUGGAGAUUCCAAGUGCCUAUUUGGAGACCUUGCCUAAGAGUGGAAAGGCUUGUCUAGGUGAUAUCAUCUACCGCUACAUAACUUCUGAGAAAUUCUCACCAGAUUAUCUUCUUGAAUGCCUAGACCUGUCAUCAGAGCAUCAUACACUAGAAGUGGUGAACAGGAUUGAGGCAGCUGUACAUGUGUGGAAGCAGAAAGACCAAAGAAAACAUACAAAACACCCUAAAGCUAAGCGUUCAAAUUGGGGAGGCAAGGUUAAGGGCCUUGUCUCUGAUGGUGACAAAAGUCAGUUCCUGGCACAGCGAGCAGAGACACUUUUACGUGGCCUGAGACUGCGUUUCCCUGGCCUUCCACAAACUGCGUUGGACAUGAGCAAAAUUCAAUACAACAAGGACGUAGGACAGUCGAUUCUUGAAAGCUACUCAAGGGUAAUGGAGAGCUUGGCCUUCAAUAUAAUGGCAAGGAUUGAUGAUGUCCUUUAUGUAGAUGAUGCAACUAAGCAAUGCGCUGUAGCCGAAUCGAAGUCCUUUUUCAGCAGGGGAGGUUUGGGUGGUCUUCCCGUUCAAAAACGGAUGUCGCCUAGUCCCUUCUCAAUUCAGCAUAGCCCUUAUACCUCUGCAUUUGCUACUCCAACAUUCUGUUCUUCCCCUCCGCCAGUCCAAAGCCCCGGUAGAGCACCACAACUCUCAAGUAAGAGCAGUAUUAAAGGACCACUUUGCCAGAAGUUGGAAAAACCAAUGCCUGCUGAGUUGGAGAAAUCUUGGUCAUAUUCUGGGAAACAUAGUUCCAGAAGAAUUUCAGGGGAUGCUCCUGGGGGCGAUUAAGUGAAAUCUUAGGAUGUUGCUUUACCUGAUUAAUGUCACUUAUGGUGGUAGGGCUGAAGAUAGUUGGCAGUUACAAUCUUUGUAUAUUUGUUUUGGUAGAUAUAGCAUGGUUUAAAGUUCUGACCAAUGGGGUUUACCUGACUCUAGGAUUAUAUUAUUAUUGUAUUAUCUUGACUUUGACUACUGAUUAUCGCUUUAACUCAAAAUCGUUGACUAUAAAUCUGUUGCCAA